AUGUUUGGAAGCCUCCGCUUUUGGCCUCGAGGCAGCGCUAGGUUCGCCACCGCGGCUCAAGUGGGUGUUGCGCUCGGCCAGACGCUUGGGAACCAAGCCCUGCCCAAGCUGCCUGUGAAGACGUUGGGGCGGCUGCUCGCACAGCCCGGGGCUCUGAACAGCCAGGACUUUGAAGAAGCAGUCGUGGUGGCCAUGACGAAGGUACAGGACAUGGAUGGAAAGGACUGUAUCAGAGUGCUAGGGGCGCUGAUGCACCUGAACACUGCAUCCCGUCCAGAUGCAGCUGCUUUGCAAGCACUUGGUGCACGAUUGUCUGCCGGCUUAGCCGACAUCUCCAACAACGACAUGGCCGGCUUGGCGGAGAACCUGGCCGAGGUCUCAGUUCCCGUGGCCCCGGUCUUCGCGCGCCUCUCCGCUGCCUUCAGCCUCCGGGUCUCCGGUGCCUCGGCUCCACAGCUGACGAAGGUGGCCUCGGCUUUUGCACGUGCCCGGCUGGCAGACCGGCGCCUUUUCCCAAGGAUGGCACAGGCAUCACUGAAGCAGCUCCACAUCUUUUCGCCACAGGACCUUUCUGCUUUCGUCUCCUCUUUUGCAGCCGUUGGCCUCUGUCACGAGCCAUUGCUGGCGGCUUCGGCCAAGGUCUUCGUGUCCAUGGGCCCGCGGCUCUCCGCGCUGGACCUGGCCUUGGUGGCCUUCUCUUAUGGCCAGUUCUUCCUGAUCUUCCCGAACGUCACUGCCAUGCUCCAGGCGCGGCUGCCUCGCUGUGCAGAGGAGCUUCCGUUUGACAGGCUGGCCGAGCUCACCGUGUCCUGCGCACGGCUGGGCCUGAAGGCGCCCGAGCUCUUGGCCGUGCUGGCACGGAACCUCCAGCUUGGCGACUUGAGUAACGAGCUCUUUGGCCAGGUGUCGAAGUCCGUGGCCUUGUUGGGCUUGGCUUCAUCUCCUCGGGUGAAGUCCCAGAUGGCUUCAGAGUGUCAGCUGAGGCUACAGGGAUUGCAGGAGAUGCAGCCGCAAGGUGCGUGGUGGCUUCUCGACCUACUCGAGUCCCUUGGCUUGGCUGCUGAAGAUUCCCGACUUCAAAGGGGAGGUGCAGUUUUCGAGUUCUGGAGGGGCAGCUUGGAAGCCUUGUUUCCAGCCUUGCAGAGUCUGCUGCCCGUGCUGAGCCCUGUGGAGACUGCCACGGCCUACCGCGCUUUGCGACAGUUGCCACCCUCCCUGGUAAGGCCCAGGCUCGAGAGCCCAUGCUGGCAGGUGCAUGAGCAGCUGGCUCUUCGGUGCCUGGGCCUUGCCACUGCAGAGGCCUUUGACUUCCAACUUCAAACCUCGACUUUGUACUCCCAGAUCUGCCUCUAUCCAGAGCUCUGGUCACAAGAGAAGAGGGCCUCAGAUUCCCUCAAAAACCCCAGCUGGGCACCCUUCCGCUCCUCCUUCGAGGCCCUGUCCGCCUCUUGGAGGCAGAUGCCGCGCCCUGCGGACCUGCAGCCCGAGACGCUUCACCAAAUCUCGGCCCUGGAGCUCCUCUUCGGAAGCCCGGGCCUCGGCCCUUUCACCGUGGAGGAGGGAAGGGCCUUAGGACAUCGAAAUCGUCCCGUGGCCCUGGAGCUCCAGGAGCACCUCCUUGCCCUGCACCCCGGCUCGGAGGUGCAGGGCCCUCUUUGGGAAGGGCCUUUCGAGAUUCAUGCUACGCUGGGAGAUACGGCUUUCUGCCUUAUGCCGGAGGAUGCCUACUUCAAGACCACCAGCCCAGGGCCCUAUGCUGAGGAGGAUUCAGAUGCCGAGCAGGGAGUGGAACUUUGCCAUGAGAAGGUCGCGCAAGUGCAUUUGCUCAGGGCGCGCGGGUGGCGUGUAUGGCCUUUCGCAUUCCACACCUGGCGGCGUGCCGGGCACGUGCAGAGGCUUCCGGGUUCCCGAAUUGUAACUUAA